AUGUUAGCCAGCCCACUGUCGCUGCAGGGGAAAGAAAGUUCAUGGGGGGCCCUGCAGCCAGACGGGAGGAUCGUGUGGCAGGAAACAGGGCAGGUGUUCAACUCACCCAGCGCCUGGGCCACCCACUGCAAGAAGCUGGUGAACCCGCCAAGAAAGUCAGGGUGUGGCUGGGCCUCCGUCAAGUACAAGGGCCAGAAACUGGACAAGUACAAGGCCGCCUGGCUCCGGCGACACCAGCUCCACGUGCCUGCAGCUGUCGCCGAUGAGAGCCCAGCCAGUGAAGGGGAGGAGGAGGAGCUGCUGAUGGAGGAAGAGGAGGAGGAGGUUCUGGCAGGGGUCUCAGCAGAGGAGAAAAGUCGAAGACCACCUGCAAAGGGCCCCUCAGAACCUGCCCACCCUGAGGCCACGCCCCUGGGGAAGCGAGUGGAAAACAAGAUCCGGGUGCCAGUGCGGUACUGCAUGUUGGGCAGUCGCGACUCUGCCAGGAACCCCCAUACCCUGGUGGAAGUAACAUCCUUCGCAGCCAUCAACAAGUUCCAGCCGUUCAAUGUGGCCAUCUCCAGCAACGUGCUGUUCCUGCUGGACUUCCACAGCCACCUAACUCGCAGCGAGGUCGUGGGGUACCUGGGGGGCCGCUGGGACAUCAACAGCCAGAUGCUCACGGUGCUGAGAGCCUUUCCCUGUCGCAGCCGGUUGGGGGACGUGGAUACCGGGGCCACUAUUGAAGAGGAGAUCUAUCAGAGCCUGCUUCUGCGGGGCCUGUCCUUGGUGGGCUGGUACCACAGCCACCCACACAGCCCGGCGCUGCCAUCGCUGCAGGACAUCGAUACGCAGAUGGACUACCAGCUGCGGCUGCAGGGCUCCAGCAAUGGCUUCCAGCCCUGCCUCGCCCUGCUCUGCUCCCCUUACUACUCUGGCAACCAGGGCCCAGAGUCCAAGAUCUCCCCGUUCUGGGUGAUGCCACCCCCUGAGCAAAGGCCCAGUGACUACGGUAUCCCCAUGGACGUGGAGAUGGCUUACGUCCAGGACAGCUUCCUGACGAAUGACAUCCUCCAUGAGAUGAUGCUGCUGGUGGAGUUCUACAAGGGCGCCCCGGACCUGGUGAGGUUUCAGGAGCCCUGGAACCAGGAGCACACCUACCUUGACAAGCUCAAGAUCUCCCUGGCCAGCAGGAUGCCCAAGGACCAGGGCCUGUGCCAUGUGCUGGAGCAGGUGUACAGCGUCCUUAAGCAAGGGAACUGAGAGGAUCGACCUCUGAGGACCUGGGAGGCCUCCUGGGCAGACUCGGCACCCCCCAACCCCGGGUGAGGGGAGCAGGUCGAGAGGUUUCGUUCAUGACUGUGUUGCUGUGUUCCUGCGGGACUGCGUUGUUCGAUGCAGGUGCUCACAGAAUAAAGGAGAGAAGCAAACA